GGAGGGUACAUUGGCACUGCAAACAUGGCUAAAAUAGCCUAUCUUCUUACCACUCUUUUAGUGGCUUUAGUGUCACUUAGCUUCCCUUCAGAAUGCAAAGCAAAUUACUACUACACAUCUCCACCCCCACCAACCCCAGUUUAUAAGUAUAAGUCUCCGCCACCGCCAGUUUACAAGUACAAGUCACCACCACCACCUCCUCCCAUCUAUAAAUCCCCACCGCCACCCAUUUAUAAGUACAAAUCUCCACCACCACCUGUCUACAAAUACAAGUCUCCUCCACCACCACCUCCAGUUUACAAGUACAAAUCUCCACCACCACCUGUCUACAAGUACAAGUCUCCUCCACCACCACCUCCAGUUUACAAGUACAAAUCUCCACCACCACCUGUCUACAAGUACAAGUCUCCUCCACCACCACCUCCAGUUUACAAGUACAAAUCUCCACCACCACCUGUCUACAAGUACAAGUCUCCUCCUCCUCCACCUCCAGUUUAUAAGUACAAAUCUCCACCACCACCUGUAUAUAAGUAUAAAUCUCCUCCUCCACCACCUCCAGUUUACAAGUACAAAUCUCCACCACCACCUGUCUAUAAAUACAAGUCUCCACCACCACCAACUCCAGUUUACAAGUACAAGUCUACACCACCACCCGUCUACAAGUACAAGUCUCCCCCACCACCUGUUUACAAGUACAAGUCUCCACCACCACCUGUCUAUAAGUACAAGUCUCCACCACCACCUGUCUACAAGUACAAGUCUCCACCACCACCAGUAUACAAGUACAAAUCUCCACCACCUCCAGUAUACAAGUACAAGUCUCCACCACCUCCAGUCUAUAAGUACAAGUCUCCACCUCCACCCGUUUACAAAUACAAGUCUCCACCACCUCCAGUCUAUAAGUACAAGUCUCCACCUCCACCCGUUUACAAAUACAAGUCUCCACCACCUCCAGUCUAUAAGUACAAGUCUCCACCUCCACCCGUUUACAAAUACAAGUCUCCACCACCUCCAGUCUAUAAGUACAAGUCUCCACCUCCACCCGUUUACAAAUACAAGUCUCCACCACCUCCAGUCUAUAAGUACAAGUCUCCACCUCCACCCGUUUACAAAUACAAGUCUCCACCACCUCCAGUCUAUAAGUACAAGUCUCCACCUCCACCCGUUUACAAAUACAAGUCUCCACCACCUCCAGUCUACAAGUACAAAUCUCCACCACCACCCGUUUACAAAUACAAGUCUCCACCACCUCCGGUCUACAAGUACAAAUCUCCACCACCACCCGUCUACAAGUACAAGUCUCCACCACCACCCGUCUACAAGUACAAGUCUCCACCACCACCCGUCUACAAGUACAAGUCUCCACCACCUCCAGUCUACAAGUACAAGUCUCCACCACCUCCAGUCUACAAGUAUAAAUCUCCACCACCACCUGUUUACAAGUACAAAUCUCCUCCACCACCAGUUUACAAAUACAAGUCACCACCACCACCCGUUUACAAAUACAAAUCACCCCCACCUCCAGUUCACAAAUCUCCAGCCCCUUACUAUUACACUUCUCCACCUCCUCCUAGCCACUACUAGUUUCACACUCUCGAACGAGGGCAAGAGGAAUAAUUAAGAAGGAAAAGGCCCAUGGGAUCAGAAUAAAUUGAAAGAGUUUUAAAGAAGUAGUAAUUAAAGCCACAAAGGGAUCGACAUUUAUCUUAUUUUGUUUUGUGUUUUGUGCCAUUGACUUCACGUAGUCGUAUAUCUCGUGAAGUUGUUGAAAUAUUUAUAUAUUGGAUGCAUGUAAUAUAUAUUUAUUUACGUACCAUAGUCGUACAUGUUUAUGUGCUUUUGAAUUUUGACUUUUUGAAUUUUAUAAGUCAAAACUACUUUGUAAUAAUAAGAUCAAUAAGUUUCAUUGGAUGACAUUGUUGUGA